GUGACCACCCAAACCCUCACCCUUUUCUCUCUCUCUCUCGCAUCUCUCAUCUCUCUCUCUCUCUCUCUCUCUGUGCAAGUGUGUGCCCCUCACAAACCUUUCGAAACCCUAGAAUUUCCUUAGCUCUCGAUUCUACAUUCAGCAAUCUCUCUACAAGCUUUCUCUCUCGCACUUUCUCUUCUUUGUGCUUCGGACCUGAUCAGUGCCUUUUCCUUUCGCUCGAUCUUCUCGCAAUUCUUCGCGACUUAUCGAUCGUUCGAUGGCUGGAGGCAAGCUUCAUCUUCCUGACGAUCUCCUCUCCCCAAAACCAUCCAUUGCUCAGUCUUGGACCGCCAAAGUGGAAACUUUAGGAGGCAAUGACGAGGAAAAGGGGUUGAUGGGGUCACUUGACGAGUUAAAAGAAAGUAGCAUUCCCCUGUCUCCCCAGUGGCUUUACGCUAAACCGAGCGAGACUAAGAUGGAAAUGCGAGCACCAAGUUCUCUGUCUCUUGGAAAUCCAGCCGAUCCCAAUCAGAAGGAGGGGUGGCGUUCAGACGGGCCUGAGGACAAAAAAGAUUGGCGAAGAACAACGGCUGAGACUGAGAGUGUUCGUCGUUGGCGUGAAGAAGAAAGGGAAACUGGCUUGCUAGGUAGAAGAGAUCGCAGGAAAGUGGAUCGUCGUGACAAUUCUUCAGGCAGAGAAACCACAGACAAUAGAGCUUUGCCUUCUUCUGAUAGGUGGCAUGAUACUAAUAAUCGUAAUUCUGGGCACGAAACACGGCGUGAUAUCAAAUGGUCAUCUAGGUGGGGUCCUGAAGACAAAGAUAAGGAAUCUCGGACUGAAAAGAGGACAGACGUUGAGAAGGAAGAUGGUCACAAUGACAAUCAAUCAUUUGUUGUUAGCAACCGUGCUGUUUCUGAGCGGGACUCAGAUUCUCGCGACAAGUGGAGGCCACGCCAUAGAAUGGAGGGGAAUUCUAGCAUGCCAGGUCCCUACCGUGCUGCACCUGGAUUUAGUCUUGAGAGAGGUCGCGUGGAGGGUUCAAAUAUGGGGUUUACUUUAGGGCGCGGGAGAUCUAGCAUGGCAGUUACAAGACUUUCAUCUGCAAGUCCCAUCGGUGCUGCUCAUUUUGACAAGAAUGAAGUUGUUCAUGGGAAACCUAGCCCAUCAGCCGAUGCAUUUUGUUAUCCAAGGGGAAAGCUUCUUGACAUUUACCGAAUGCAAAAACUUGAUCCAUCUUUUGUUACUGUGCCCACCCAUCUGGAGGAAGUACCUCCUAUUACACAAGUAACACUCGUUGAACCAUUGGCUUUUGCCUCUCCUGAUGAAGAAGAGGAAGCUAUCCUUGGCGAUAUAUGGAAAGGCAAAAUCACCAGUAGUGGAGUCUUGUACAAUGCAUCUAGAAAGGGCAGAUCAACUGAUAAUUUUUCAGACUUGGGAAAUUUGGAAUCCACCAAUGGUAAACUGGGUAGUGUUCCCUCAAUUAUGAGUGAAGAAACUGCCGAUACCUUUCCAGAAGCUGCCAAUAAUGAUGUAUAUAAAGCUGAUGUUGAUGGGACCUUGUACAGUGACGAGCCUAAAAUGAAUUUGAUAAAUGAAAGAGAUUUUAUUCACGAGGGGGAACAUAAAGUUCCUGUAACAGAUGAAUUGACAUCUACGACUACAAAUAGUAACAAUGUCAGCAGUUCACAAGAUAUGAAUGGUGCUCAUCAUGAUGCUUCUCAACAAGUUGCAGAUUUUUCGAAACACCCUCUGUUCAAUGACAUUGCUCCUGCUACUUUUCAUGUCAGCACUGAGCUUCCAAAUUAUUCAAAUUCCUUAUUUGUGCCUUCUUCUGAGCGGAGUUUGAGUGAAAUUACUCAGCACUUGGAGAACAGCAGCAACGGAAAACUUUUAAAAAGGGGUAUCCCACCUGAGGAGUUGAGUUUGUACUAUUGUGAUCCACAAGGGGAAAUACAGGGGCCGUUUCUCGGGGUUGACAUCAUUUCAUGGUUUGAACAAGGUUUUUUUGGGACAGAUUUGCCUGUUCGCUUGGAAGAUGCUCCAGAAGGAACACCAUUCCAAGAUCUGGGUGAGAUCAUGCCACGUCUUAAACUUAGCGAUAUGCAUGGUAGUGCUGAUAUAAGUUCUAUGGUAGAAUAUCCUGGAGGUUUGGAAGGGAAAUUGGAGUCUAGUUUACCUGCUUCAGCUUCUGUUCCUGAAAUUACUCAUUCAUCUGCACUUAAUGACCAGUUCUGGCAGUCGUCUGAGUAUGAUGGUCUGUCAGUGCAGCGUGGUCAGUUAAGAAGAUCUGAGCAUGAAGGUUCAUUGCAAGUUGCAUAUUCAGAGGGUCAAGCCUUUCAUGACUUAGCUGGCCAAGAUGAAGAGAUUGUGUUCCCAGGAAGACCUGGAAGUGGUGGAUAUGCUUCUGGGAGAACUCCUAGAAGUCUUAAUAAUCCUUCUGCCAAUUUUAUAAACCACCGUUCUCUUCCAAUGGAAUCUACAGAACCUGCCAUGCCAAGUCAUAAUGAUAACAAGUUGCAUCCUUUUGGCUUGUUGUGGUCUGAGCUUGAAGGCCCUUAUGCGAAGCAUAACCAGUCAUCAGCUACACCCUCCGUCAGUGGUGUUCAGGAUCAACUCAUAAACCCUAUGGGCGGAAGAGUUGGUCCAUUCAGUGCAAUGUCUGAUUCAACUCAUACUGCGGAGAGAUGGCCUGAUGUUUAUAGAAGAAAUACACUUUCUGACCCCAGCGUGUAUCAAGAUUCCACGGAUGCUCGCUGGUUGUCACAUAUGGAUCAAGAAUCCAACCACUUUGAUUUAGCAGAUAAAUUUUUGUCACAACAAUUUCAGCAACAACAGCUGCAGCAGCGUAAUCUGCUGUCUCCCCAUCCUCACUUAAAUGAAGCAUUGCUGGAACAAGUGCCAAGUCGAAAUUCUAUUCUCCACCAACAAUUGACCAACGUAACAGCACCGGAUGUGGAACAAUUUUUGGCCCUUCAGCUGCAGCAGGAGCAGCAAAGGCAACUUCAACUCCAACAACAUCACCAAAUUCAGCAACUUCAUCAGUUUCAGCAACAGCAAAUGCUAGUGCAGGAACAACAGCAGUCUCAAGCUCAGCAGCUGCUUCUCGAACAAUUGCUUCACAGUCAAGGGCAUGAUCCUGGCCGUGGACAGUCCCUUGCUGAUGCUGUCAGAGCAAACAAUGCCAUUGAUAAAGUUUUAUUAGAGCAGCACAUUCUACAGGAACUGCAACAGCGUUCUCAUCAUCCUCCAAGGCAUGCUGAUCCAUCCAUUGAGCAUCUUAUGCAAGCUAAAUUUGGUCAAAUGCCACAUCAAGGGCAUCAAAGUGAUUUAUUGGAGCUUGUAUCAAGAGCAAAGCAUGGACAGAUGCACCCUUUGGAACAUCAAAUUCUUCACCAAGGGCAGUUGCAUGCGAGGCAGAUGCCAAUGGGAUUGAGGCAGCGGGUGGAAAUGGAAGAAGAGAGACUAAUUGGAUCUGCCCGGCCUGUUGAUGAAAUCAAUCAGUUUCUCAGAAGUCCUGCUGGUAUCCACCGAUCUAAUUCUGCAGGGUUUGGCUCAAUAGAAUUUCAUCAGCAACAAAGGAGACUGUCCCCUGAGGAGCGGCAUGGUCCCCUUGAUCGAAAUCUCUCAUUGAAAGAUGCUCUCCAACGGGGCCUUUAUGACCCUGGCUUGCUUUCAUUGGAGCACUCAAUGUCUUUACCUGGUGGUGCUCCUGGAAUGAACCCGGAUGUUGUAAAUGCUUUGGCACAUGCUCAAGGUUUUGAUAUGCAGGAACCAAGUGCGCGAAUGCGUUCCGCUGGUCAAGUGGGUGGGUUCUCCUCUGGCACCCGCUCUAAUCACCCUUUGAGUCUCAACCAAUUUCAGUUAUCACAUUCGGACACCAUGGAAAGACACUGGUCAGAAAGCAACAGUCAGAUACCAAAUGACUGGAUGGAAUCACAGAUUCAACAAUUGCGUCUCAAUGCUGAGCUGCAGAAAAGGGAGUCAGAAGUCAAAGUGACUUCUGAAGAUCCGAAUUUAUGGAUGUCGGCUGGAACUAAUGACGAUAGUUCGAAGCAGUUGCUUAUGGAGCUGCUCCAUCUGAAAUCAGGUAAUCAGUCUACUGAAGCAGUAGAUUUGAGCAAUGGAAUAUCUCAUGAAAGAAGGGCACCUUCCAGUGGUUUUCCUGGGACAAGCUCUUCAAAUCAGUCCUUCGGCCUUCCAGAUCCUGAAGCAGGUGUAAACCGCUCUUUUGGUGUAGGGUCUUAUGGUUCUAAUUCAGGUGAAUCACCACAGGCUUUUAUAAUGGAUGAGAUAGCUAGUGGUUUUGAAAGCAGUGAACGAUUGUCCCUUAUAUCCAAUUCUGGAGCAUUAAUUGCAGGAGAUCCAUUAUUUCCGGGCAUCAAUGAACCAUCUAGGUCAGUUUACACAAAUUCGAAUAUGAUAGGCAAGUCAUCUAUUGAAGGAAACUUCUUAGACAUUGAACGGAAGAAACAAGGAUUUGAAAGCAAGGGUGGUAUGCUAAAUGGGCCAGUCUCAGAGAUUCAAGAAGGAAUGGCUGAGCAGGCACGUUUGGCUUCUAUUGAUUGUGGGGAUUUGUCAAUCAAUGGCACUGGCAGGCAUGCUUUAUUUGGUGGUGCUGGUAGGAAUACAGGAUUCCAUGAUGGCCGGAUUGGGCCGCGUGAUUCUUUUGCAGAAGAGAGUGUUAAGGAUUGGGUACCAGUCCCAUCUAAAGUACCGGAUAGUCAUUUACUGAGAAAUCCUCUAGUCUCACAGACUUCGUCAUCACAGGAAGCAUUAUCGGAGCUAGCUUCUGAUCCAAUCAUUAGAGGGAAAAAUCCUUUGGUUGCAGUUGCUUCUGAAGGGGGAAGACGAGAUCCUGGAGGGAAUCCAGUGAACCAAAUUUCUGAAGUGGCAUCUGGCAAGAAAGACAUGCGUUUUCGACGAACCUCAUCUUAUGGUGAAGGUGAUAUCUCGGAUGCAUCUUUCAUGGACAUGCUUAAAAGCAGUGCUAAGAAGCCGCCUACACUUCCAGAAGGUCAUGCGUCAGUAGGAGCUUCAGAGGCAUCAGAUGGGACACAAGCAGGUCGAGGUGGCAAAAAGAAAGGGAAGAAAGGGAGGCAAAUUGAUCCUGCGCUCCUUGGGUUCAAGGUUACCAGCAAUCGUAUCAUGAUGGGUGAGAUCCAGCGUGUGGAAGAUUAACAAACCUCUUAUUUAGUAAUGCCUAUUAUUGUAUUCUUUCUUAGAAAGCUGUAGAGUUCAAAAUUUGUGUAAAGCAUUUGCAGAUGGAGGUUCUUUGAUUUUUUAACCCCCCAUUGCAUCUCAUCUGUGAUCAUGCUACGUGAUGAAAAAGCUUUGUUUAGUCUGUCAGUUAGAAAUCAAAGUCAACUGUAUGAUAUAGGGCAGUAAAAGGUGGUGGUUGUAUAGAUCUAACAUUUGUUUUUACAAGAAAAUGAAUCAAUAAAAGGUAUACAAUUGUUACAAACAAA